AUGAAGCUUUUUGCAUUUGCCGCUUCGGCUUCGGCCUUCGUCGCCAACAAUGUCGUGGAGAUGGAGCACCACCACUCGAAAAAGCUCACUACAGCUGCUGACGCCGAUAAGAUCACCUCCCUCCCCGGCCUUGACAGCCUCCCCGACUUCGACAUGUAUUCCGGCUACUUGUCUGUCACCGAUACGAAAAAACUGCACUACUGGUUCGUCGAAUCUCAGGGUAAUCCAGCCACCGAUCCCGUCGUUCUCUGGCUCAACGGCGGCCCUGGCUGCUCUUCCAUGGAAGGCUUCUUUGCCGAGCAUGGUCCUCUUCAUCUCAACGACGACGAAACGAUUUCGAUGAAUCCCUGGGCGUGGAAUAUGAACGCGAACAUGAUUUACAUGGAAGCACCCAUUGGAGUUGGAUUCAGCAAAGGAUCUGCGGAGGACAUGAAGCACAUUUCUGACGACACCACAUCUUCUGACAACCGAGACGCGUUGAAAGUCUUUUUCAAGAAGUUCCCACAGUACCUCCCCAACGGACUUUACGUCUCCGGUGAAUCCUACGCUGGUAUCUACGUUCCAACUCUCAUUUCCAAGAUCGUCGAUGAUGAUGUUCUCAGCCCUCAUUUCAAGGGAGCUGCUAUCGGAAACGGUCUCUACUCUUGGGAAAAGAACCAGCAGUCGAUCGUCUACUUUGCCAAGUAUCACGGACUCAUCUCCACAGCCAACUGGGCUUCUCUCGUCAAAAACUGCUGCACCAACGGCGACGAGUCCAAGUGCGAUUUCUUCAACUACCCCAAUGACUCGUGCAAGAACGACGUCGAAAGCGUUGUCAAUCUCACCUGGUCCGGCGGCCUCGAUGUCUACAAUCUCUACGCUGAAUGCGCUGGCGGCAUUUCCAAACAGAAAACAAUGGAAAACAUCCUCUCCAAGUCGACUUUGAACAUGUCGUUCACUCCUCGCUUCGAUGGUCCACCAUGCACCGACGACAACGCACUUGAGAACUACUUCAACACCGCUGCCGUCAAAUCCGCCCUCCAUGUUGACUCUGACAUCAACUGGGUCCUUUGCGCUGAAGAUCUGGACUACCAAACAACUGUCCAGGAUGUGUCUCAAUACAUCGAACACGCAAUGAACACCGUUCCAGACAGCAGAAUCAUGCUCUACGCCGGUGACGUCGACAUGGCCUGCAACUUCCUCGGUGGUGAAAUGUUCGCUGAUGCUCUCAACCUCCCUCUCGAGGAGAAGUACAGCGAAUGGACCUACAUCGCCGCCGACAAGACCAAACAAGUGGGCGGUUGGUACAAAAAAUUCCACCGACUCUCGUGGGUCACGGUCAAGGGCGCCGGCCACAUGGUCCCCACCGACAAGCCCAUCCCCGCCUAUGACAUGUUCCAGGCCUUCCUCAACGGCGACCUGUAA